AUGUCUCUGGUCGGCCUUGGCGCCAUCAGCUGCGAGAACGCCCUCACGGUUGGUAUCGACCUCACUCUCCAAAAUGAUUCAUCGAGCUUCACUGCCUUUUACGAGAUUUUCCCUUCUGGCGAAGCCUUCAACUUCUCGGACAUCAGCUUCGCGGCGGGUGACAUCGUCACGGUGAACAUCACCGCGGCGACCGCGACGAACGCGACGUCGGGCACAGCGUUUAUUAUCAACCAGAGCACGGGCCAGACCGCCUCCAAGCACAUCCAUACCGGCUCUAUGUGUGGGGCGGACGUAGAGUGGACCGUACAGGGCCUCUUCGAGAAUGGUACCACCACCCUCGCCCCCAUUGUCGACUUUGGCACGGUCGACUUCACUGAUGUGUCUGCCGAGACGCUCUCAGGCCCUGUCGGCGUCUCUGACGCGGCCAUUUUCGACAUGGAGCCGGGCCACACCGUUAUUUCUUCCGUCACGGUCUCGUCUUCGAGUGUCGGGAUCGACUUCCUCUAA